AUGUCAGUCGACAACGUUGUUAAGGUUGCAAACAUUUCUUCUCUUGUAACUGAACCGGUAUUGAAGCAAUUGUUCGAAUUCUUGGGUGAGGUUACAACAAUUAAAUUAUACAAUAGUCCUCACGGUGAUGGUGUACAAGAAUGCACGAUAGAAUUCAAAGAGGCAUCAUCUGCCGUAACGGCUCUCCACCUAACCGGUGUAGAAUUAGGUGAUCGCACUUUGAUGGUUUCAUCAACUACGGCGCCUGCCGGCAUACAUAGUAAUACUUCGUAUCAACCACCAGUUGUACCUCCUUCGUUGCCCCAAAUACAUCCUUCUUCUAUAUCUCCUAUUAGACCACCACAAACUUCAAAAACUCCACAAUCUAUUCCUCCUAAACCUAUGAUCCCUCCUCUAGCUCUUCCUCCUUUUCCGUCUAAUUCUCUUGUAGCGAUUAGGUCUAACCCAGCUAUUUCACCAACCGUUGCUCAAUUCGAUCCUGCUAAAGCUGAAGAGAUUUCUAGAACCGUUUAUAUUGGUAAUAUCAACUCUUCGAUUUCUGAGCCUGAAUUGACACAGUUUUUCUCUGCUUGUGGUCCGGUUGCGUACGUAAAGAUGGCAGGUGAUCCAGCUCAGCCAACUCGGUUUGCAUUUUUGGAAUUCGCCACCUACGAAGGUGCACAAGCGGCCAUGCAAAUGAAUGGAGUUAUGCUUGGAGAUCGUCCUUUAAAGGUAAAUCAUUCAAAAAAUGCCAUCAACAAGACACCAAAAAAGACAGAUGCUCCGGAUGUACAAGCAACUAUGCGUCGUGUCAGGGAGGCUCAAUUAAGAAUUGCAAAUCGAUUAAAUACUGAUGGCACUACUCCCGAUAAUGAAUCUCCUUCAGCAUCUGUACAACAGGAUAUAGAAAUGCGAGAUGCGACUUCACCUACUAAAGAAGCCAUAUCUGCUCGUAGCCGUUCUAGAUCUAUCAGACGUAAAGUAGAAGUAGAAUUAGAAGGAGAAGAAGUAGAUCAAGAUCCAGAGAUUUUUAUUUUCGACGACGAAGAACUCCAAGUCGUUCUAGAAAUCGUGACAGAGGUUUGGAUUAGAUGA